UGUUAUGAAAUUAGGAAUUUAUUUUACCCUGUAAACUUGCUCUCCCGCGUCGUGAUGAACGCUUUUUCAUCCGACGCCUCUGUUGCUGUUAGAUAGUUGUACGUGGGCCGCAAAUAUCUAAUUUGUACGAAAUGACUGAUUUUGGUAUUUGUAUAAUCCUCCAGUCAGUUUAACCGAGCUGAGCUCUUCACAGCCCUCGGUGCCGCGGCCGCUCAUCUGAUUACACCGCUCAGGGGAAUACGGUUAAGGGCGGGCUGUUGGUAACCAGAGCAUUUCCAGGGCUGUAGUUCAGCAGAUGGGCGGCUUGGCUAUAUUCAUGCAUCUGCUUGCCUGCUGUGGCAGCUGCUGCUGCUUCAUGUUGUGUUCUUUUGUUCUGUUCCAUCCAAGAAUGGAACGCUAGGAAGUGUAGUGAAUGGAUUAAUUUAAGGUUAAGGUUAGUGUUUUGCUUGCUUUCUAAGUAACCGAUCAUAAUAAUGCUUCUGGUAGAAGCUAAUGAGUUUCUCUUAAAGUGAACUAGAUUUAGAAAAUACAGCUCGGCAAGGGGGCUCGAUUAGUAUUGUUGAUGGAAACCAAAUUCAGAUGUGUAAAAAAUACUGGCAGUUUUCGUCAUUUGUUCCUAAUUCUUUGUUUUCUUUCUCCCUUCCCCCUCCCCGCCUCCCGCUCCCUUCCAGGACCUCUGUCCAGACUUUGCCUGCCACUGCAGGGUCCAAGAGCAUUAAGGAGAUAUGGAAGGACGUGAAGAAGAUUAGUUAAGGAUUACAGGCGUUGAGGACGAACACCUCAGUGAAGUGAAGCACAGACAAGCUCCUGAGCUGUAGUUUGGAGGAAGGAGCCGUGUGUCGGCAGAAGAUGGCGGACCCGGGAAUGAUGAGUCUUUUCGGUGAGGAUGGGAAUAUUUUCAGUGAAGGCCUCGAAGGCCUCGGCGAUUGUGGUUACCCUGAAAAUCCAGUGAACCCCAUGGGCCAGCAGAUGCCCAUGGACCAGGGCUUUGCCUCUCUGCAGCCGUCCCUCCAUCAUCCCUCCACUAAUCAGAAUCAAACCAAGCUGACCCAUUUCGAUCACUAUAAUCAGUAUGAGCAGCAGAAGUUGCACCUGAUGGAUCAGCCGAGCAGAAUGAUGACCGGCGGCCCCGGGAACGGACUCGCGUCCCCCCACUCGCAGUACCACACCCCUCCCGUUCCCCAGGUCCCUCACGGCGGCGGCGGCGGCCCGAUGGGCGUCUACCCUGGCAUGCAGAACGAAAGGCACGGCCAGCCUUUCGUGGACAGUGGCUCCAUGUGGGGCCCCCGGGCCGUUCAGGUCCCGGACCAGACGCGAGCCCCCUACCAGCAGCCGCAGCCNNNNCCCCAGCCGCCCCAGCCGGCUCCGCCGGGGCCCCCCGCCCAGGGCCACCCGCAGCACCUGCAGCCGAUGGGCAGCUAUCUGGCCCGCGGGGACUUUUCCAUGCAGCAGCACGGUCAGCCGCAGCAGAGGAUGAGCCAGUUUUCCCAAGGCCAGGAGGGCCUCAAUCAGGGGAACCCUUUCAUUGCCACCUCAGGACCCGGCCACCUGUCCCACGUGCCCCAGCAGAGUCCCGGCAUGGCGCCUUCCUUACGUCACUCAGUGCAGCAGUUCCACCACCACCCCCCCACUGCUCUCCAUGGAGAAUCCGUUGCCCACAGUCCCAGAUUCUCCCCGAAUCCUCCUCAGCAAGGGGCUGUCCGGCCACAAACCCUUAACUUUAGUUCUCGGAGCCAGACAGUCCCCUCACCUACUAUAAACAACUCAGGGCAGUAUUCUCGAUAUCCUUACAGUAACCUAAAUCAGGGAUUAGUUAACAAUACAGGGAUGAAUCAAAAUUUAGGCCUUACGAAUAAUACUCCAAUGAAUCAGUCCGUACCCAGAUACACCAAUGCUGUAGGGUUCCCGUCGAACAGUGGUCAGGGACUAAUGCACCAGCAGCCCAUCCACCCCAGCGGCUCACUUAACCAAAUGAACACACAAACUAUGCAUCCUUCACAGCCUCAGGGAACUUACGCCUCUCCACCUCCCAUGUCACCCAUGAAAGCGAUGAGUAACCCAGCAGGCACCCCUCCUCCGCAAGUCAGGCCCGGGAGUGCUGGGAUACCAAUGGAAGUUGGCAGUUAUCCAAAUAUGCCCCACCCUCAGCCAUCUCACCAGCCCCCUGGUGCCAUGGGAAUCGGACAGAGGAAUAUGGGCCCCAGAAACAUGCAGCAGUCUCGUCCGUUCAUGGGCAUGUCCUCAGCACCGAGGGAGCUGGCCGGGCACAUGAGACCAAAUGGUUGUCCCGGUGUUGGCCUUGCAGAUCCACAAGCAAUCCAGGAACGUUUGCUACCUGGCCAGCAGCACCCUGGCCAGCAGCCGUCUUUUCAGCAGUUGCCAACCUGUCCUCCGAUGCAGCCCCACCCGGGCUUGCACCACCAGUCUUCACCCCCACACCCGCAUCACCAGCCUUGGGCACAGCUCCACCCAUCACCCCAGAACACCCCGCAGAAAGUGCCUGUGCCUCAGGUAAGAGAACUCUGACCCUGCCUGCCUUGUGGUAUAAAACGUAACUCUGUGGACUUAAUCUAACAGACUUUUCCUUUAAACUUCAUGCAAAGCAUUUUUAUUACGAGAUUCUUAAUUUUGAUCUUGUUAAGCUGCCCCAGAAUUUCAUUUUUUUUUUUUACUAUUUCUCCCUUUAUUUACUCUGUCACUUACUAACUUAUGCAUUUAUUCAGCUAUUCAGAAAGCCUCGGGUCCUCCUGUCCCAGGAAUUGUGCUGUGUGCUAAGAAUGCAAAGGUAACUAAGCGCAGGUCCCUGCCUGCAGGGUCUGCUGUCACUUCCAGCAGGAGGCCGACACUGGACAAAUGUCUUUUUCUUCUCCUUUUUCUUCUGUUCUUUCUAUUUCUCUCUUCCUCUCUGUUUUAAAAAUACACAUAAAGCUUCAAAGUUGCAGAACACAAUGCUUGUUCUUGGUGAACUUUGACCAGUUUGGGGAGACAGGACCAACAUGUGAACGUACGAAGCAGAGUGAAAGACCGCACAUGAUUAUGUGACAAGCGUCCAGGGGUGCAUGAUAGUGCUUGGAAUUUG